UUAAUUUAUAAUGUUUAUUUUUUUCUCUUCUUUUUAAAUAUAUCUAGAUCUAGAUCUAGAUCUAUAUGAAUAUGAUACGAACAUAAUAGUAACAAAUAUAGAGAAAAUAGCUUGUGAUACGGUAUUACUAAAUAUAAUAUUAAAAUGAAAUUAUUUCAUUGCUUUUUAGUUUUUAUGAUUCAUAUCAGAAGGACCGGAAACAGCAACCCGACCCGGAUGAAAAACAAACAAUAGUCUUGGCUGCAACUCUAGAAUUCUGUGCUUGGCUGGCACAGCCAGUGUAUGCACACAAAAAAAGCACAGAAAAAAGUCCAGAAUUUCGAAAUAGACGCCAAACAUCUCAAAUUUGAAAUGUUGCUUGUCUUAUUUGGGCAAGGAGUCCUCCACAUUGAGGUUAUUUGAACUGUUGCAAGCAAAAUCAGCCCUGUGUAUCCACGAGAAAUACCCCUGUGGACUUCACUCAUGGAAACAGAAAGUCAACAUUGAGGUUAUUCGAACUGUUGCAAGCAAAAUCAGCCCUGUGUAUCCACGAGAAAUACCCCUGUGGACUUUACUCAUGGAAACAGAAAGUCAACAUUGAGGUUAUUUGAAUUGUAGCAAGAAAAAUGAGACUUGUGUUUCCUCCAGAAAUACCCCUGUGGCUUUUACUCAUGGUAGCACAAAAACUAGUUGUAUAACCAAACGUGUUUUUUCAACACAAAAAAAAGUCAUUUUAAACUGUGGAUAGAAUUAUUUUAUUUUGUUUUUGUUGUGGCUGAUCAUCUUGCUUGCUUGGUGUUCCAAUACUUUUCUCAUUAUGUUCUCUGGGUGUAGAUCUGUAUCGUCAUUCAUUAAAAUAAUAGCAGUUAAUGUUUUGAUUUGGUCUUUUGAGAUUUGAUUUUUUCAGCCUUUAAAUCAAUAGAACUAUGCUAACUAUAAGGACUAAAUUAGUAAAUGUUGCUAUUGGCAGCUACAAUAGUCUUAAUGCCCGAGUAAGAGAGGAUUACAUUUAAAAUAUAUAGAAAGCAUUAAUAAUUUAUUCAUGUAGAGUGGAAAAGAUUUGCACCAGGGAGGUUGGAUCUGAUUAAACAGGACUGCAAAUUUCGUAUACCAAAGUACCCACGAUGAGAGAGAGAGAGAGAGAGAGAAAUGGGCAUGGUAUGAGACUGAGUGAAGACCAAUAACGUCUCUAUAAUAAGCCGAGGGCAAUAGUUUAGGUCAAGGAAGUGCUUACUGCAUAAGUCAUAGAACUUUUAAUAUUCAACGGUGGAUUUAGCUGCUAUACUUGAGUUGUCUGUCUCUAGUCUGUGGUUACUUGAAGACACAUAUUGUCACGUGUGUCAGUGUGCUUCCUCUUCAAUAGAUUACUCUUUAUGCAACAGCUUGCCGGUGUUUUGCAAAGUUUGGUCUUUGUGAAAUUGUAGAGAGUGGACCAUGGCAGAGCAAAGGAAGCGGAAAAGCUUCUCAGUUGAGGAAAAACGUCUGAUCCUGGCAGAGGUGGAUAAGAAAUCUGUGUCAAAAACCCAAAUAUGCAAAACUUUUGGUAUUUCUAACUCAACUUUAUCAACUUUCAUAAAAAACCGGGAAAAAAUUGAGAAUAGUUCUGAACCAGGGAGGAAAAGGCAUAAACCAACCAAGUUUGUACCGCUGGAACAAGCAGUGUUUAGAUGGUUCCAAGAGGCGCAGGCUCUGGCGGUCCCUGUGUCAUACCAAAUUCUUUCAACUAAGGCAGAAGAGGAAGCAAGAGCAAUGGGGAUUAAUGGUUUCACCGCCAACCCCGGAUGGUUGAAUCGUUUCAAGAAAAGAUACAACAUCAUGAGCAAAAGUGUACAAGGAACUAGAGUGAAAACUCUAGUGAUGAAACAAUGGAUUGAAAUGGACUUUCAAGAACUUCUCCAGAACUUUGAGGCAAAAGAUAUCUACAAUGCUGAUGAAACGGGUCUUUUCUUUGGCUGUCUUCCGUCAAAAACUAUGAAGUUGAAAGGAGAAACAUGUACAGGGGGUAAGUUUGCCAAAAACAGACUGACUGUGUUGGUUGCUGUGAACAUGGAUGGAUCUGACAAGCUUCCUCUUUUGGUGAUCGGCAAAUCCCAAAAGCCAAGAUGUUUCAAGCAUUGUUCACAUUUUCCGUUGAAAUAUUUGGCCAAUUCUAAAUCGUGGAUGACGGGUGAAAUAUUUGAGUCCUGGGUUCGCCAGCUGGACAACCGUUUUGGCCGUGAAAACAGAAAGGUGGCCCUUUUCAUGGAUGACUGCCCUGCACACCCUGACAUCGACAACCUCAGUGCAAUUACACUCGUCCGCCUGCCACCAAACACCACUGCCGUCCUUCAGCCUUGUGGUCAGGGUAUCAUUGCCUCACUCAAACAACACUACAGGAAAAUUGUUUUGCAAAAGCUAAUAGCCCGCUUAGAUGAAGGGAAAGAUGUUGGUCUGUUUGAUCAGAACAUUUUGGAGGCAAUGUAUGACCUCAAGACUGCUUGGAACAAUGUAUCAGCAGCUACUGUCGUCAACUGUUUCCAAUUUGCUGGAUUCCAAUCUAUCGAAUCAAGCGAGCAAGCCUCUCAUCUUCCGUCAUGCUCUUCCAAUCAGUGUAGAGAAUAUGACCUCUUUGGGAGAUUUGCACAGGACAUUUUACCACAAGAUGUGACUUUUCAGCAAUAUUUAUCUGUUGAUGAGGCUGUCCACACCUGUGAGGAAUUAACAAGCCAAGAAGUUGCUUCAGACAACAACAGACAAGAAGAGGAAAGUGAGGACGAGGAAAGUCCAGUGCCUCUUCCUCCUCCAUCAACAUCUGACGCGAGAAAUGCAGUCGCUACUUUGCGUCGAUAUUUACAGACGCAAGACUGGGAAACGGUAGAUGAAUAUCUUGACUCUGUUGGCAACAUAGCAUCAUCAGUAGAUUUCCAUGCCAUCACUAAGGGAAAACAAACUUCGAUUAGAGAUUUCUUCAAAGUUAGAUUUUAAUGCUUUUGUAUGGUACCAUUUGUAGUGGUAGUGGUCUUCCGUCAGUCAAUGUUGACUGUGGAUGUUGCACCAAUAGUGAAGUUAGGUUGGUGCCUCUUCAACAAAGGUGUCCAUGACUCAUGAGUCCAAUCAGGGAGUGGCAGCCCCCACCACAUUGGCUGGACUGGUGAGGGUGACUGCAAGGGUGCGAGCCCUUCUGCCUGGCCCUCUUUUCUACAGCUGUGGUAAGGAUUUGUUCUUCACCAUACUUCAGCUGUGGUCAGGAUCAUUUCUCACCAUACUUCAGCUGUGGUCAGGAUCAUUUCUCACCAUACUUCAGCUGUGGUCAGGAUCAUUUCUCACCGUACUUCAGCUGUGGUCAGGAUCAUUUCUCACCAUACUUCAGCCGCUUGUCAGGGACACUCUGAGCCAUCUACUGCUGUCCACGUCUGUGUAUUUCUCACCAUACUUCAGCCGCUUGUCAGGGACACUCUGAGCCAUCUGCUGCAGUCCACGUCUGUGUCUUCACAGCUCUCUGUGUUGGUAUCUCGCGACCUCAAUGCUUUCUUGUCAUAUCUCCUUUUUUUGAACAGUGAAAAUGUGACGUCUUCUUAAGCUCACUCUUUGUAUGAACUGUUUUCACUGUUAUUAAAAAUGGAGAUGCGCCAAGAUAGCACUGGGGUCACGAUCUAGAGCUUCCAUGUUGCAUUUACUGAUGUCUUUGAAGCAUGACUGGGGGCAGCCUAUAGUUUUCUUGCUGGAGGCAAAUUGUCUGUAUAAGUGACCUUAUGAUGGCAACCAUUUUUCAUAUGUCACAUGUGGCAGUGCCUUAGCAGGCUGCAUUGUCUGAGCUGCAUGAACAUUGUGGAUAGACCAGUGCGUGCCAAGAUCUGGGCACUGGGAACUUCGUUGCUCAACUUUGUGCCGAGGAUGUGGUGGAGGCAGCUCAUGUGGAAACUUCUGCUUGCCUUCUUGACUGACAUAGUAUAAUAUGUUGUCUAUAUUAUUUUUGUGACGUAGAGAAGAAUGCUGACUUUCACAUUCCUAGGUUUUAUCAUGCUGCAAAUAUACUGGUCAUAUAUCUUUGCUUAUUUUUAUGCUAAACUAACCAUUUCAAACAAAAGUGUUUCUUAGUAUGUCUGUUCCUGCUUGAGCUUGCACAGACACUUGAGACUUUUUUUUACAUUUAUCUUUGUCUGCCACUAACUCGCUGUAACCAGUAUUGACCAUGGUGUAUUCAUGUAUUUCAACUUAAAGGAAAAUAUGAAUUUGUGUUUACAAGUCAAUAAGUGGCACCUGUCAAUGACUCAUUACACACAUUUGGUCGCUUUUAAGCACAAGGGGGCUGUCCCGAAAAAUGCUGUUUCGAGAAAAUCGA